AUGGCUGGCGUCGAAUAUGGCCGAGAAUGCUAUUGCGGCUACCUCAUUGAUUCCGCCUCCGCCAUGGCGCCUGAGAGUGACUGCAGCAAGCCGUGCGCUGGUAAUAGCGACGAAGUCUGCGGUAACGGCGGGCGUCUUAAUGUCUUCACCAACGGCGAUUCUGGACCUACUAUCUUGUCUGCCUCUGGGGACUUUCAGUCGCGCGGGUGCUACUCCGACCAUACCUCAUCCCGCACCUUGUCCACCCGUAUGAGCCUCCGUGGCGACCUCACUGUCAGCGAAUGUACUACAGCCUGCGCUGCUCAGGGCUUCCCAUACGCUGGAGUUGAAUUCGGCGAAGAGUGCUUCUGCGGCACUAGCAUCCAGAACGGCGCCCCUGUUCCAGCCACUUCGUGCAACAUGGCCUGCGCCGGCGAUAAGACGCAGUACUGUGGUGGCCCGGCUGCUAUCAACAUCUACAUGAGCUCCAAGCCCGUUACAGGCAACCCCAGUGCGAUCCCGUUCGGCUGGACCCAGACCUGCUACACCGACAGCCCUAAUCGGCGCGCUCUCUCGUACAGAACGGACUUGACAAAGUUCAGCGCCGCCCAGUGCGUCGCUCAGUGUGACAGCCUCGGAUACACAUACGCCGGUGUAGAGUACGGAUCAGAGUGCUACUGUGGCAACAGCAUCGAUGGCGGCAACACGCCGGCGUCCAGCGGCUGUGAUAUGCCGUGCGACGGCAACCGACUCGACACGUGCGGCGGCGCCGGGCACAUCAACAUAUAUCACGUCAGCUGCCCCGGUGUGCCCGGCUGCGGCGAUUCCAAAGCCAGCAUCGGAAGAACACCAAACACCGGGAGCGUGAAGGAGUGCUCGGAUAUCUGCCAAGCCGACCCGCUCUGCCUGUCUUUCCAGUACGGCAGUGAAACAAAGGACUGCAACAUUUACAAAUCGCCCAUUGCCGGCAGCGUCAUGAAAAACACCGCGGACCUCGGCCCAGACCUCCUCAACCUCGACUCUGACCUCAUCGACACCGACCUUGACGCCAACCUUGACGCCGACCUUGACCUUGACACCAACCUUGACGCCGACCACAACCACAGGCCCAGUCUUAACCUGUGGCGUGGUGAGCUGCGGUAA